AUCAUCACGCGUUCCAUUUGGAGGUAGAGAAAUAUAACAACUUAGAUGUACCAUACCUCAUUACUUUAUUGCAUAAUGUAUUAUAAAAAUUAUAUAAAGAUAAUACCAUAUAAAACAUUUUUAUAUAUUAUAUUUAUUUAUUAAGUAAACGUGGGCUAUUCUAUCAAAAGAUACACCGGAUAUCGCUGCUAUAGUAACGAAUACGAAAACACUAUCAUAACCUACGUGAAAACAAAAAGUGUUCUCAUUUAUUAUCAUACAUUUCAUGCGUGUCUGAGAAUAGUACAUUGAAAAAUAAUGGCUAAGAAGAACUCUGAAGAAAAUAUAAGAGAUGCAGCGUUGCGGCUUUGUUUAGAAGAAGAACAACAUCGUAAGAUUGAUUCAAAUGAAACACAUGAACGUUCUAUUAUCAUUGUUGGUACUAAGAAGGUUGGUAAAACAACGAUGACGUAUCGAUUCCUUGAGAAAGAAGAAACACCGAAGCCAACCAUCGCAAUCGAUUAUUCUUUCGGGCGUAAAGCCGGGAAGAGCUUAAUAAAAAAUAUUGUACAUGUUUGGGAAGUGGGACACUUAACGUCUUCGUUAGUAUCCGCCGCAAUGACGGGCGCGUCUUUAACUCAUUCGCCUCAUCAUCUCACGAUAUUAAUGAUGUUGGAUUUGUCGCAACCAGAAAUUUUAUGGUCUUCAUUCGAGGAAGCUCUGUCGGUGAUUCGAAGCGCGAUGAAAAUGAGUUACGACGAUAAAAUGAUACAGGAACUUAGGCAUCGUCGAGCUACAGAACGAAAGAGAGCGUUAGAAAAGGAAGUUGAUCCUUUUCCGAUAAAACUUUGCAUUGUAGGUGGGAAAUACGACAAAUUUAAGGAUUUAGAUCUAAAUACAAAGGAAUUAAUGGGAAAAACUUUAAGAGCUACGGCUCAUAUCUUAGGGGCAGGUCUCUAUUAUCACUCAUCGAAAGAUAAGACCAUAGUGCGGAGAACCAAAGACAUAUUAUCUUAUUAUGGAUUUGGCACUCAACUUUCCGGUGGAAAGUGUAUAGAUUUCGAGAAGCCAUUAAUUGUGUCGCCUGGCACAGAUUCAUUUUCCUCAAUCGAUUUGCAAUUUCCUCAGACGAGGCCUUCGGCCAUCUUAGAUGCCAUCAAACAGAUUUAUAUUACUCGUAUACCGCAAGUGUCCAGAAGCAGUGAUAUUACCUUGGAAGAUCCAAGCAAUGAUCCUAACUUCAAUGAGCCAAUUAUUGAUAGAUUACGAGCACAAAGAGAAGAGGUGAUUUUAAUUCAUCAACUUGAUUUGUAUUUUUUUAGAGGGAAUGAUGGAUUCAUAUUUCAUACUCAAAAAUGUUCUCCACCCUUAGCGUCUCGUACGAUAUUAUUAGUUGAACGGAUUUUCCAUUUACGAUUUGCUUGUAGGAAAUUGGUAUUCUGCUUCACAAUAUGCUGGAAGGUCGAACACCUCAAAUUCCCAUUCCGGAUCCGUCAUAGAUUACGGUUAGAUAACAUUAUUCUGCUAUAUGGAUUUAUCGCGAAUUCUUCUCACGUGCUUGAUCCUGUCGAGAUUGGAAGAAACUUUCAAAUGGAUAGCACCACCCUAUCAGUUUUAUACUACAUAUACUUUGCAAAAAAUUUGCAAAAAUGUAGGCGGGCUAUGUAUAAAUAUAAUUAUGCGACAAUAAAGUUUUUUAGAAGUAUUUGUUUUCUUUAGAACAUUAUCCCCUUAUUUUAAGAUUCAUAAUUCGUAACUCCCAACUCAGAAGAGGCGCACUACAGCUUGCAAUGGCAACAACGAUAAGAAGGCCUGUGAUAAAGCUUAUUUAUCAGAAGGCAAGAAGAAUUAUGUCAUACGACACAAUCGCGUACAAUUCAGCGUGUACUAGUUCCUUCGUAUUCAUAUAGAAACUAGCAUAUGCCAAUUUUUAGUAAUUAUUAAAAUUUUACUUGUGUCUGUAUAUUUAUCA